UGACUCAUUCGCUCCCGGCCCGGCUGUCCCUCCCCCUUGGGCUCUCCCCUCGCAACACGGCGGCUCGGCUACAACAGCAACCUCAGCCCCGCGCGCACACAGCGCAGUCAGUCAGUGGCACUCACAGCACAGCAGCGGCCGCCUCCACCAGGCAUGGCACAGGGCUCUACCUCACUAUGGCUGCAGCAGCGCGACACAGCACCCUUGACAUCAUGCUCAGCGCCACAGCUGAUUGUAAUGCCAUUUUUAAAGGUCUACAGUCCAUCUUCCAAGAGCAAGAAAUGACAGAGACUAUUCAUAACUGGGGAGAUCUUGGUUAUUUAGCAACAUAUGUCAAUAAAAAUGGCAGUUUUGCCAGUCUGAGAAUAUAUCCUCAUGGGUUGGUAUUGGUUGAUGUUCAGAGUUACAAUGACAUGAAAAGAGGAGAAGAAACAGAGCAGCUUCUGAACAAGGUUGAAGAAAGAAUGAAAGAAUUGUUUAGCAAGGACAUCAAAAGGGUGAAACGGUUGCCAGCCAUUGUGAGAGGAGAUGCCAUUGAUAGAUACUGGCCCACAGCAGAUGGACGAUUAGUGGAAUAUGACAUAGAUGAAGUUGUUUAUGAUGAAGACUCUAUUUACCAGAAUAUAAAAAUUUUACAUUCUAAACAAUUUGGAAAUAUUCUUAUCCUCAGUGGGGAUGUUAAUCUCGCUGAGAGUGACCUGGCAUAUACACAAGCUAUAAUGGGCCGUGGCAAAGAAGACUACACUGACAAAGAAGUGCUUAUUCUUGGAGGUGGUGAUGGUGGAAUAUUGUAUGAAAUAGUCAAACUGAAACCAAAGAUGGUCACUAUGGUAGAGAUUGAUCAAAUGGUGAUCGACGGGUGUCGGAAAUAUAUGCGCAAAACAUGUGGAGAUGUCUUGGACAAUCUGAAUGGAGAUUGCUAUCAGGUUCUAAUAGAAGACUGUAUUCCAGUACUGAAGAGGUAUGCCAAAGAAGAAAGGAUGUUUGAUUAUGUAAUUAAUGAUUUGACCGCUGUUCCAAUCUCUACUUCUCCUGAAGAAGAUUCCACAUGGGAGUUUCUGCGGAUGAUACUGGACCUUUCAAUGAAAGUCUUGAAACCUGAUGGGAAAUAUUUUACACAGGGAAAUUGUGUCAAUCUGACUGAAGCCUUGAAUCUCUAUGAAGAACAGCUUGGCAGGUUAUAUUGUCCUGUGGAGUUCUCAAAAGAAGUUGUGUGCGUUCCUUCCUACAUGGAACUAUGGGUAUUUUACACUGUUUGGAAGAAGAGGACUGAUGUUUGAAGCUCAAGGUCCCCCUGCCACACAUGCUGCAUGAAGCAUGUAGGCUUGCCAUGUGCUAUGUCUUGGCAUCUGAAAUUUUAAAUUAUAUGCUGUAGAUGAUCUGAAACUCAGUCAUGAUAUCGACUUUGUGAAUUCUUUAAAUGUUUUUUAUUAUUAUUAUAAUUUAAAAACAAAUGAAAAAUGUAUAUUUUGAUGAGCUAGGGUGUUAUUUUUUGAAAGUUAAUGUAGAUGAACUAGCAGCAAAACCAUAGCUGCUGAAUGCACUGAAUUUCUAGAAUGUGAUCACUUUUGUUGUUUCAGGUUUGUUUUUUUUCGCUCUUCAAAAAUGAAUUUAAGAAAAGGUAAUACUAGCAUUUUAGUGUGGUCCUUUAGAUUUUGCUUCCUUCAGACAUUAACCUGUUUAAUAGGCAUGGUGCUUUAAAUAAACUUAAAUAUUUUUAAAAAAAACAAA